AUGGUGGUCACUUCUGCACCGCCGGGCCAAAGAAAAAGUGAUGCAUUGGGCCUCUUUGCGACGGCCCACGACGGCGCGCGGCACUCGGACGCUGCAGCGCGGCAGUGGGGGAAAAGGGAGGCGCAAGGAGGCCGGACGAGAAUAGUCGGCCUGCGGGGCCCGCCUUCAAGCGGCGUCCGUGGGCGGCGGGGGAUCCGUCUGCAGGAACACGCGGCCGGGGUAGUGGGGAGAGAGCACGCAAAGAGCGCGUUGCCUGGACGGCCACUUGGGCGUGUUGCGGGACGUAUUUCCCUCGUGCCGGCGUCCACAGGCGCGUGGGGGGACGGCACUUGUGCGCUGGGCGUGCGCCGUGGGGAGAAAAAGGGAGGGAGGGUGGUGGUGGCGGAGCUGACGCCCGGAAGGGGAGAGUGCGACAGUGCGCGGCUGCGUCACGCGGCUGCUCUCCCGCGGCGCCGCAGACGGGCCUUAGAAGAGAAGGGCUGA